AUCUCGGCAGCCCCGCCUCUUUCUAAUGGCAGUACUUGGGCUCGCUAUAAACCGAGCACCGUGAAUUAACCUCAAAUGCAAGGGGUACAGUCUGUCCUCCGCAGUAAUAUUUCGCACAACUGCACACUCUACCGUGAUCCGAAGCCGCUCUUUCUGGCUAACCUCUUCCAGCAUACUUUCUACACUACAGAAGUCAUGAUGUUCGAGUCUUGGCUGCUCCUUUGUGGAGUCAGUGCAUUGCUUUGUGCACUGUUCAUGAAAGUCCGCAGGUCAGCACUGAACCCAACUCCCUCCAUCGUUGCUCUCUUUACAGUACUGAUCAUUGUCGGGAAACUUUGCCAUACAUAUCUGUCACCCUUAGGGGGACUGGCUGUUUUCUGCGGUGCCUGCUGGUUAGCAUCUGGAAUGAUUUCUACAAGGAAAUGGUUACCUGUUGAAGGAAAAGCUGUAUUGAUCACAGGCUGUGAUUCUGGAUUUGGGAAAGCAGUAGCACACCAUUUGGAUAGUAUGGGAGUACAUGUAUACGCUACUGUAUUAAACCUUGAAGGGCCAGGAGCAAAGGAUCUUCAGAUGUCAUGUUCAAAAAAGAUGCAAUUAAUUCAAGUGGAUAUUACUAAAUCUGAAGAUAUCAAGCAUGCACUGCAGAUUGUAAGGGAAAAUGGAAAGGGUUUGUGGGGGUUAGUUAACAAUGCUGGUGUGUGCGUCAACUUUGGAGAUGCUGAAUUGUCCCUAAUGUCUACUUAUAGAGGCUGCAUGGACAUUAAUUUCUUUGGAACGCUGGAGAUGACUAAAACAUUUUUACCACUGGUACGCCAAUCCAAAGGAAGAAUUGUCACUGUCUCCAGUCCAUCAGCGGAACAAACAAUUCCUUUACUGGCUGCUUAUUCUGCAUCUAAAGCUGCCAUCAGCAUGUUUACAAGCACACUGCGUCAAGAGAUACGACAGUGGGGUGUGGAGGUCUGCCUUAUAUUUCCUGGUGCUUUUAAAACAGGUUCACAGUGCCAAGUGGACUACUGGGAGAAACAGCACAGCCGACUUUUGGAAGGCCUGCCGGCAGAUCUACUCCAUGACUACGGGGAGGAAUACAUCUCAGAGACCAAGCAACUCUUUUUUAAGCAUACUCAAAGAGCAGCUACUGAUCUGAGUCCUGUGGUUGAAAGCAUCACUGAUGCUCUGUUUUCUAUCAACCCCAAAGCAAGGUACCUCGCAGGCAAGGGAAUGCAGAUUGGUUACUUAAUUCACCAGUUUAUGCCUGAAGUAGUAAGGGACUGGUUUUGUCAAAAACUCUUCAUAAGCAAGAAAGUAUUACCAAGAGUUCUGGAAAAGCAACAGAACUUUAAAAAAAAUCAUCUGAAAUGAGCCAUCUGUGGUAACCACUAUAGUUCCAUUGAAGCAUAACACUUUGAAAAUCUAACUCUUCACUGAAACUGUGCUGUCAGCUCAUUUGUCAAGCUAUAAACUCCACAACUUGUGCAUAAUUCCAGUUGCAAGUCUACGUGUGCUUGACCAAAUACAGUACAUUAACUGUUGCUUAGAUGCUUUGUGCCAAACGACUUUUUGUGUUUGGUGACAGUCUUUUUAUACAGAUGGAGUGUUUUAUAGGGAAUAAACUAUGUAAAUUAGCUUUAAUGUAAAUAUUAGCAUCACUGCUGAUGUAUGACAGGAAGAUGCAAAAAUGGUGAAAAAUGUUAAAGAAAAAACUCAGUGUCAUUUUAGUGUUGUAUUUUAAACUUACCUCACUGAUUUUUAUUACAGCUUGCCAUACAUUCAGAAAUUAAGGGCUGCAUUUUACUUUCAGUGGGCAGAUCUAAAUAACUGGUCCCUGGCCUUUCAGUGUACAAAACCAUUCACUCCUCUUGCAUUGUACAUUUGAUGUAUUUACUAUGGUAUCAGAUGGUACAUUGAUUUUCUUACAAAAAGUAUUGGAAUCAUAAAUACUGUAAUUUGUGCACUAUAUUUUUUUCUGUAAACAAUAAAAAUUACUGUACUUUUAAAAUA